CGGACGGAGGAUGUAUUGCGCGUUCGACAAUAGCAUCACAUCAGCUGUUUACCGGAACGACUUUUAAAACAGAUUGUGGCAUGCGACCUUUGCCGUGGCUUUUAGAUGUUCGUCGUGCGAGUUCGGGGUUCUGAGUUUGUGCGUGUCAAUCUUCGUAUGCUUAAGUGAUUGAGGUAAAGAAGUAUUAAUAGUUGAAUUCUGUGCAACGGCAUCGGAAGAAAUCAUCAUUUAAUAGUUUAUGUACAGUAGUUGAAACCUACACAUAAGUAUAUAAUGCUGUCGUCUUGCCGUUACACAUCGAAGACCCCCUGGUUGGUUCGCUCGUGUUGGACGCGAUCUCACAGCAGUACGAGUACAUUUGUUGACGUCAGUGCUGCGGGUCAACAAAGAGGAAAUACAGGUGAUACAGAGGACACUAAUGUGAGCGUAUUAGCGGACAGAGAUAUUGAAAUCGACAGAAUAUGCGACGCGUUCGGCUUCAGGAUAGGUGCAGAGCAGGAGCGCCCUAUGUCGCUCACGCGCGGCAGUGUUUCCUCUGUAUAUGGCGAUCGAUUCUACUUCCCCGUUGAGGGAGCAGCGGGACUGCUGAGUGUGACCAGCGUAAUCGAUGCUUCAAAGAGGAAAGACACGGGAUCGAAACUGAAUAAGUGGAAAAAUAGAAUGAAACAGGUAUAUGGCGAAUCCAGUUAUCAAGCCGCCCGAAACAUGACACUCGACAACGGUACAAGGGUGCACAAGUAUGCCGAAGACUUUCUAACCGGUAAUAGAAGCUAUAAACUUUCAAGUUCUGAGUUGGAUGAUGUGAGAUUUGCAGAGUGCGCAUUCAGUCUUCGACCGGUGCUCGCGCGGGUUGAAAAGGUUUAUGCCAUUGAGAGUGAUGUAUUCAGUGUCGAAAAAGGUAUUGCUGGGCGGUUUGACUGUAUUGCGAAAAUAGAUGGAAAAUGCGUGUUAAUCGAUUGGAAAACAUCUGCUAAGAAGAAGGCCAAACGGAAGCUCACGGUAAAAGAUCACCACGAGACUCCGUUGCAACUGUCCGCAUAUGUGACCGGGACAAAAGACGAUGCUGCCUACUCCGAUAUUCAUGUGGAAGGAGCUUUGAUUGUAACGUGCUUUUCAACAGGCAGAAUGGUCGAAGAAAUGUGGCUGGACCAGCAGGCCAUAGGCAAAUAUGCACAGGAGUUCGAGAAGUGUGUAGAACUGGCGUAUAGUGAAUUAGAGAGUGCCAAUAUCGGCACCUAUGUUGUGAAUGAGGUUGUUAAGAGUAAGAUCGUCGGUGACAAAAAAAAGCGAAGAGUCAAGAAAACGAAGGUUACAAAAAUUGACAUGAAUAGCGAUAUUGAGUUGGCAAGCUUCUCAUUUGCAGGCUUCGAUCUGAUAGAACGCGAAUGGUCCGAGCUUGACUGUUAUCUGUUUAUGGCAAAAAUUCCGGGGAGGUGAUGCCACAGACUCAGUAGUGCUUAAGUAUAGGAUAAUACCCACAUUAAUUACAUGUAAGAGACUGUAGUUGGUGCGAUUGUAGUUCAUGGCGGAAGAUAAAUGUUGUGCCUCGGAUGAUGAACCAGAUAUUCACUCUCAUAAUAACAGUCUGUAAUGUGACAAUGCGUCACAGGGGUUGGAUAAUCUGAUCGCCAGUGAUCAGUCAGGUUGCUGUUACAAUCUGAUGAUUUUUGUUGCGUGUCUCGUUCCGUCAAGAUUGAGUUGCAGACUAUGCUGCUGCGGCAUACCCAGAGAUGUUUGUAUCCAGCCAGGUAUGGCAUGCUUUUGGCGACUGGAGAACGUUCUAUAGUGCGUUCUCUAGCUAGGUGAUGUUGGCUAGAGAGUAGGCAAGCAAUAAGUAUUGUUCGUUUGCAACUGUAGGUUUAACACUAGUAAUCUGCCAGCGAUAUGUAGGUGCUUUCUCAGUCGACUUUGCGUGGGUAUCAAGAGCUCCAGUAGUGGGUCCUGCUAGGAGUGUGGAGAGGCUUCGAUAAAUUAUGGGCGCAGUGCCCGAGGCCAUUCGCAUAUGUUGCAAUUGCGGUUUCCAGAAUACUUUACAGCUGCACGAGACAAAUUCACAGGUUCAGCAAAUGGUAACCACAAGGCGGCAAAUGAUGGUAGUUCGAUAGAGAAACGCUGCGUCGGUUGUGUAAACUGGCUACAGCGAAAAACCACGCGCGCAAGUCAACCUUGAAGCGCCGGAAAAUCUAUUGUGGAUGUGGAGGCCUCGCAUACAUUGCCACCUGAUGCUGUAGCAAAAUUUCCAUUUGAAGAGCACAGCCCUGGAUUCUCUCCCCUCUAUUGCGUAUGAGGGCUCAGAUCUGGAAAGUGCUCGGAAUUGGCAGCGGCUUUCUUUUUUCAACCGACUACUUUGGAAUAAAUAAAUGUAAGCCCCUUGAAUACCACAGCCGCCAAAUACACGGAG